CGUGACACGGAAGCUCCGAGUGCUGUAAAUGCCAGGGUCGCUUCCUUCAUGCCGUGGACUUGCAUUUCGACUCUCUGACGAUCAACAUCCAAAUUGCGGAUGACCACCAAUCUUUAAACUAACCCAACAUUCGUUCGGACUUCACAGCAUACUAGCAUACAACGAUGACAACCAUGUUUAAUGCCCUCAACCGCUUCAUAUCCCGGCUCGACGGCGAUGCGGCCACGUCCAAGGAGAACCAGCCUGGCGGAUUUGGCUUCCAAGUGCUGCGAAACACCAACCCAGACCUGGCCAUUGAGCCAUGGUUUGACUUUGUCGUUGGAAUCAACGGGCGCAUGAUUGACGACUCUGACCCGAGGCUCUUUGCCCAAGAGGUUCGAAACUGUGCUGGCGGGGUUGUACAGCUGGGACUUUGGAGCGCAAAGGGCCAAAGAACUCGAGCACUCCACAUCCCCGUUCCCGCCGACACUGCCUCCCUCGGCCUUACCCUCCAAUGGACUGCCCUCUCCGUCGUUACCAACAUCUGGCACGUCCUUGACGUUCCCGCCAACUCUCCCGCCGACGUCGCCGGUCUUCUCCCGUACAGCGAUUACAUCCUAGGCACCCCCGAGGGUGUCCUUCACGGCGAGAGCGGGCUCAGCGAGCUAGUGGAGGACCACAUUGACCGGCCCCUGCGUCUUUACAUCUACAACAACGAGUACAACGUGACCCGCGAGGUGACCAUCCAGCCCAGCCGGGACUGGGGUGGUGAGGGUGCCCUCGGCUGCGUCUUAGGCUACGGCGCUCUGCACCGGCUGCCAGCGCCCUUGAGCGAGCCUGUGCACGCCCCCGGUGAGACCAUGUUCGACGGCGACUCGGAGCAGUACGGACACGUCGGACAGCAGCAACAGUAUCAACAACAACCCCAGUACGGAUACAACCCGAGCGCACCACCAGCAGCUAGCCAAUUCGCCCCCGCCACUGCGACUUUCUCUCCGCCACCACCCGUCGGCGGUGGUGAGUUCCUCAUACCAGCGCAGAUGGUCGGCACACCACCACCCCCAGCAACACAGUUUGGCGGCGCGGUCGCUUCUGCUCCGCCUAGGGGGAAGAAGAAGGAGAGACCGGCGAAUAGGGGAGGGUUGGGCUCGAUGGAUGAUUACUUCAAGGAGCAGGAGAAGAAGAGUAGGGAACUGGAUAAUGCUCCUAGCAGGAAGAACACACCAGUACCGCCGCCGCCAAUGGGAGGUCCUCCCAAGGGUGGGCCGCCCAAGACAGUGUCGUCGCCGCCGCCUGGCAGUGCGCAAGGCGAAGAUACGGCUGACCGAGGCGAGAGCUAGUGGCUUAAUGUGGAGUAUUGGGAGAAGUUUUAGUCUAGGAGUUUGUGGACGACACCUGGGAUAUGAUGAUUACAGAUACCCAGGGAUGGGACUUGGUGACUGUCUUUGACAAUGGCGGUGGACUUUCCGUCCAGUACUUGGCUUUGGGAACUUGCGGGCAUUGAAUUUCGUUGAAGAAUCCCGUCACCUGGCGUCGUGACAGGCCUGAAGUUGGUGAGGUUAUGAUAGGACCCCUCACGGUAGUAUACUUUACACUAGUGUGAUCAUUUUCAGCGAGUGGGAGAAGGAAGUGGAAUAAUCCAGCUUGAAGCAUCAUUUGUACA